AUGCCAGAAGUUUAUGACAAUUGGGAUAGGCUUGUUUCUGCCGUUUUACACAGAGAAGAGGAUCGGGAGGCUGCUCUAAGGACCCCAAGUGAACUUUCUUUAGUAUCGUCAUCACCUUUUAGUUUGGCUCCUUUUCAUGGCCGAGUUUCAUCUUUCAGCUCCAGAUUAUCGGUAGGGGAAUCAUGCACCUACAAUCAAAUUCUCAAAAUAACAGAUUACUUCGACGACUCCAAGCUCAUAAAGAAAGGCCACUCUGGAGAUUUUUAUCUUGGAGUUUUACAGAGUGGGAUUCAUGUUGUGGUUAAGAGAGUCAAUCUGUCAUCCUCGGCUAAAAGAUUAAGUUCAUCGUCUGAAAUUGAAAUCUGUGGGAUGGUUAACCACCAUAGACUAAUUCCUCUUUUGGGUCAUUGCUGGGGGAAUGCUGGUGCUAAGUUUCUUGUCUACAAGUACAUGCAUAAUAAGGAUUUGUCGAAAGUUUUGAAUGGCGAAAUUUGUAGAGACUGGAGAAUAAGGUUGAAGAUUGCAACAGAAUCUGCAGAGGGAUUAUGUCAUCUGCAUCAUGCAUGUUUCCCGCCCCUUGUUCAUAGGGACAUUCAAGGAAGCAGCAUUCUUCUUGAUGACAAUUUUGAAGUGCGAUUGGGGAGUCUUACUGGAACCUGUACUGAAGAAGCUAGCAAUAAACCAAAUGGUGUUUCAAGGUUCCUGUGGUUGCCAAUGGGUUUUCAACAGAGGAAUUCUGGCAGACGAAAUGCAACACGUGCCUAUGAUGUUUACUGCUUCGGAAAGGUGUUGCUUGAGUUAAUCACUGGCAAGCUGGGCUUGAGUUCUGCAAAAGGCUCCAGAAUGAAGAAUUGGAUGACUAAAACCCUGCCUCUUAUUGUUUUAGGUGAUAAGAAACUCAUUGCUGACAUUGUUGACCCAUUUUUAUUCAUGGAUGAAGACACAAUGAAGGAAGUGUGGGAAGUUGCUUUUAUAGCUAAGGCAUGUCUCAGCAGCAAGCCAUCUGAGCAGCCUAAGAUGGCACAAAUCUUCAAGGCUUUAAAAGGAUUAUUGGCGAGGACUAGUGUCCGGAUAUGUCCAAACGGGAAGAUUCAUCCACGUUCCAGCUCAAGGAUUUUCACUCUUGAGGAGCUCAAGGAUGCUACCGGGAAUUUUGGAAUGGAUUGUUGGCUGGGAGAAGAUGAGUUUGGAGAAUUAUAUCAAGGUUUGCUUCAAGAGAAGUCAAAGUCACAUGAUUUUAUAUCAUCACCAAUAGUUGUUAAGAAAAUGCAUCUUAGAAAGGAGAAAGGCUUUCAGCAGUCGAAGGCUGAGGCGGAAAUGCUUCGAAGACUUUGUCAUCCCAACAUUCUGAAACUUGUUGGUUACUGUUUUGAGGAUGACCAAUUACUUCUAGCCUAUGAAUCUACCCAAGAGGGAAGCUUGAACAAAUACUUCUCUGAAGAGACUUCUGCUAUUCGGGACCUCACUUGGGACAGGAGGCUUAAGAUUUUGAUAGGAGCGGCGAGAGGUCUAGCAUUCUUGGAUUCAGCACACAGACAAGGUUUUUUCCAAUUGAAAAAAGUGGGAGAAGGUUUCUAUGGAUAUUUCAACUGCUCAAAAAUAUAUAUUGAUUCUGAUUACAACCCGAAGAUUACAGGGUUCAGUGUAACUGCGGUUGAUCCACCAGAUGAUCUAGGUGAUGUCCAUCCCAAGAUAUACCGAAGUGGGAAAUAUGAAUAUGCCGCUCCUGAGUAUAAACAUCCAGGGUUCUGGCUUUGGGAGGACGCUCGGAGUUACUUGCAUUUAAAGAGUGAUGUGUAUGGUUUUGGUGUCGUGCUAGUGCGAAUGUUAACCGGUGUUGAUAACCAUCAUCAUACGUCUCAAAUCACAGAGCUUAAGCCUCUUCAAUUUGUAGAAAGAGACAUGGACGGGUUGUUAAAAGGGGUAAUUCCAUUGGAAGCCGCUGAAAAAAUGGCUCAACUUGCUCAGUUAUGUCUCCGGCAUGAACAUGAGCUCAGACCAUCAAUUGAACAGGUUGUGGAGAUACUAGAAGGCAUUGAAAAGAUCAAGAGUAGCGGUGAUGAUCUGAAUGAGCUAGACUCCUUGUUGGAAGGGGUUGAAAAACUUCAGUUGUGAAGCUCCUAUCCCGAUCCUUACAAUAGAUUCUGCAUCAUUUUUUGGGAGAAUUUACUGUAUAGUUUGAUUACAUGGCCACCGGGUGCGUGUUGUGUACAUGAUUGUUUGUUUUGGCAGGUUGAAGACAUAUAAAUCAGACAAAUUUUUCCGGGAUGGAAAUACGUACAAAAACUCAAGGAUUGUGACGUGUGAUUUUCGUUCUGUAUCAAUGAAUCGUUUUUCCAGGGUGUAAUGAAUUGCACAAUAACAAAAAUGCGUUUGUG